CACGGCGGGGAUUGGUUGCAUCGGUUUCUGUGUCUCUUUGUCUCUCUCUCUCUCUCUCUCUCUCUCUCUCUCUGUCUGUGUGUGUCCCUUUUGCCCGUUCUGUUUCGGGCGAACAUGUCCGGCCGAGGCGGCGGCGGGGGAGGUCCGGCCGCGAGAGCUCUGGGCAGGGGCAGCUUCGGGACGGCGGCGGCGACGAACGGCCGGCGGGGGAUGCGAUCUUCGUCCCCGUCUCGCUGGAUCCCUUUCGCCGUGGCAAUGGCAAUAGCCAUCGCCAUGGGCGUGCUUUCCGUGGUUUCGAACGGGCACGCUCGGGGUUCUUUCGAAUCGGUAGCAAAAGCAGAAGCAGAAGCAAACGCAAAAGCAGAAGAAAACGACCACCGCCGCCGUCUCUUGCAAUCGGGGGAAAAGGAAGACGGUGCCUUUCGGGUGCUUUACGUCGUCACCUCCUCGGGAAGAAACUAUAAGAAAAGCACGAGCAGCAAAAAAUGGGAUCGCUGGAACAACUUGGUUGUUCCCAUCCUGAAACAAAGCCUUGAGUCCUACUACAAAAACGACGGCAACGGCAACGGCAACGGCAACGACAACGACACCGGCAACGACACCGGCAACGACACCGGCAACGACACCGGCAACGACACCGGCAAGAAACGGAACUACCAGGUCGAUCUCUACAUGAUCACCUCCUACCACGUAUCCCAAGAGGACAAGGACGUUUUGCGCCAAGCCCUUCCUCCCUCGACCGGGAUCCAGUACUGGUCCAAUGCCAUGCCUCUGAUGUACCACUGCGACGAAUUCUUYGACGAGCCCGCCUCGACCAUGUUUGCAAAAUGCAUCGAUGCGUCCGAGCCCGAUUWCAAACCCAUCUCCUACAUGAAAAAUACCAACGACACGGAGGACCACCGCAACCUUCGGGUCCGGCUCCGCGAGGGCUCGGCGCAGCUGGCCCGGCAGCACCGCCUCGUCGUCAAGGACAAGCUGCCGCACUACGACUUUUUCGUGGUGAUGGAAGACGACAUGCUCUACGCGAAGAGCCACGUCGAAACGCACCGGGCGGUAUCGGCCAGGGUGCGGUUGCUCAGGGACGCCGCGCUCGAGCGCGAAGGCGCGGGCAGGGACGGCGAGAGCGGCAAUCCUUACCCCGGGGAUUCCUGGAAGGCUYCCCUCCCCUACCGAUUUCUCAGCCGCAUGACGGCCGGAUUCGUACGGGUCGAGGUCCUCGGAGCGUCCUACCGCGACACCUGCAAGGCGAAGGGAAAGCACAACCCGGACUGGACCCCCCGUUCGGUUUCGGUUCCGGAACCUUUCUCGGAGAACGCCAUCGAUCCGAAGACCUGCUGCCGGGUGGAUGCGAACGCGAAUUCGAAUUCGAAUUCGACCCCCGGUUCGAAUGCCACGCUGUCCUCGCCGUCGUCGGUGGCAGAACCUGCAUGGCAAGCCUUCACCGAAAACACCGAUCCYUCCAACGAGGACCUCGUGCUGUGGGAAACAAAACUCCCGGGGUUUUUCCUCCGCCGGUGGGAUCCCAUAGGCGCCAACGCCUCCGAAACCGGAGGCGGCUCGUGGUUCGCUUCUCCGAUCAAGGGGCACACCAAUUUCCCGGGAUACUGGGCGGGGUACCAGAUCACCAACCGAUACGACGAGGACCUCCGGAAAAAUGGGAACUACGAGGCACCGUGGGAGCUGCAGUUCCGGCAGGGCAAGCUUGCCGCCCAGACCGGUGGCUGGAUGGCGUCCUCGGGAGAAAUCCUCCACUACCACCGAACCCUCUGCCCGGAGCAGCAAACGAGUUUCCUCCCCCCCUUCGAGCUGCCAAGGCACAAGCGCGACGGCCUCUUCCGGCACAACGUGGAGUACUGGAGCGGCGGCCUCCAGAUCUACUCCAACAAGGGCUGCGGCCUGCAGMGGGUCUACGAGAUGGAAUCCGCCAAAGACUUUAGCAGGCACCUGGUCUACCACGCCUCGAACAACAAGCAGUGCUUCUUCAAAUACCUGCAGGAGCCGCCGGCCGUCCCGGCCUCGAUAAGGCCGCGGAUCGAUCGGGUCCGGGAGAUCCGGAAACGUGCGAAGGAAGACGGAGACGCCGGCACGACGGACGGAGACUCGGACUCGGACUCGCUCCUCGACGAAUACCUCAACAUCGAUGCCCGGAUGGUCCGGGUCCAGACCCUGUGGAACCACCUGUCGGAGGUCCGGGACGGGAUCCUACGGGACUGCAGCGAGGAAAACCACACGGUGUAGCGCUCUGCGCUGCGCUGCGCU